CUGUAUAUAAGCAGAAGUACCCUGUCAACCUUCUCAUCCACCCAUCAACGCCAAUACCCAAACCUUCUUUUCUUCUCUACAGAGUAACACCCUCACACCCUUCAAUGGCCACCAAAGUCUACAUUGUUUACUAUUCUAUGUACGGACAUGUUGAGAAGCUAGCUGAAGAGAUUAAAAAAGGAGCUGCUUCCGUUGAAGGAGUGGAAGCUAAGCUAUGGCAGGUGCCUGAAACACUGCCUGAAGAGGUCCUUGGGAAAAUGGGAGCACCUCCAAAGAGUGACGUUCCAAUUAUUACACCCAAUGAGUUACCUGAGGCUGAUGGCUUAUUGCUUGGUUUCCCCACAAGGUUUGGACUAAUGGCUGCUCAAUUCAAAGCUUUCAUGGAUGCAACAGGAGGCCUAUGGCGUACACAGGCACUAGCUGGAAAGCCUGCCGGAAUUUUUUACAGCACCGGUUCUCAAGGAGGAGGACAAGAGACAACACCGUUGACAUCUAUCACUCAGCUUGUUCAUCACGGGCUGAUUUUUGUGCCCAUUGGUUACACAUUUGGUUCUGGAAUGUUUGAAAUCGAGAACGUGAAGGGUGGUUCCCCAUACGGUGCAGGUACCUACGCUGGGGAUGGCUCCAGACAACCUACUGAGUUAGAAUUGGCUCAAGCUUUCCAUCAGGGGAAGUACUUUGCUGGCAUUGCUAAGAAGCUCAAGGCAUCAUCGUCUCAGUGAUCUUAAUACAUCUACCAUUACGACAUCCAGUUUCAAGUUCCCGUGAUGUCGAACAGAAUAAGAUUUUAUUCAGAGAAAGAGAGAGAGAGAAAUAAUCAAUACUUGGGUUCAAUACCAGUGUGUUGUCAUUUGUCAUAAUGUGUCCCCAAAUACAAUGUUGUUGUCAGUAACAAGAAUUUGGUUAUUGUUUGUAUUUUCAUUUGGAACAAUUUUGUUUGGCAUAAUAUUGAUAGUACGGUGCCAAUCAAUUACAGUGAAAGUAUAUUUUGUUUUUACGAUAUGAUAAACCGAUAAGUCAUAAGUGCAUGA